UUCAGUGCUAUUCUGAAUGAAUUAGUCUACCCGAAAAUUAAAGUUCAGUAAGAAGUUAAUAUUAUUGUAUUUUAAAUUAAAUUGAAGUGCGGAAACGUUUCAUAAGUAAUUCAAACGCAGUAAAUAUUGUUUAUAGUAGUUUUGCUUUGAUUUUAACUAUGUAACGACAUUAUAAACAGCAAGAUGUGGCUUCACUGCAACAAAGGACAGCUAUGCAAAGAACACAAUACGCAUUAAUUUGAUAAAAAUUAUUGUUUCUACACUAAUAUUUUGUUAUGGAAGCAGUUUUAAACCACAUUUUUCUUGUAUAUUCUGUUUUUAUAUGGAUUUUUCUUUUUAUUUCUGCUGCUGUCAUGGAAGUUCCACCAAAAAUCGUGCCACAAAUCAGUGAGAAUAGUUUGAAAGAAGGUCAGAGAUACGUUGCAAUAUGUGGCAUCAGUGAAGGAGAUCCUCCAUUGAGAUUCCAGUGGUCUAAAAAUGGCAAACAGUUGACGGAAUCUUCGCAUUUAAAAAUUCAUCAUCAAGGAGAUUUUUCUACUAGUUUAAUCAUUGCAGCAGUUAAAGGCACCGAUAGCGGUAAUUAUACGUGUGUGGUAUCAAACAGAGCUGGUUCGGAUAGUCUUACAACUAAACUUUUAGUAUCAGUACCUUCUUCGUGGAUUCGUCAACCUUACGAUGUAUCUGUAAAGGCAGGAAACAAGUUAGUUCUAGACUGUGAAGCUGAUGGAUAUCCUAUUCCGGUCGUUAAAUGGAGGAGGACUAAAGGAUUUAGCGUUUCUCAGUCUUCUUCAGUUGCAGAAAGUCAUUGGAAAAUUACUGAAAGUGGGACACUCACUAAUGUAGCUGCUAAAAAAGAGGAUGAAGGAUUUUAUACUUGUGAAAUUGGAAAUGGUGUCGGAGAGAACUUAUCUAAGACAGUUAGAGUUGAAGUGCAGGUCCCGCCAACUGUUAAAGUAGAAUCAAUGCACAUGGUGGUAAGGAAUGGAGAUGAUUCUGUUUUAAUAUGUAACAUAACUGGAGACAAACCUUUAAGCAUUUAUUGGACUAAAGAUGGAAACAAACCAGAAGACAAUCAAAGAAUACAAGUUCUACAAACAAAUUUUGAAAGUAGUUACAAAUCUGUCUUAAAUAUAGAAUCUACGAACAGAGACGAUAGUGGAUUAUAUAUAUGCAGUGCCAAUAAUACAUUUGGAUAUAGUCAAAUGGGAAUUAGGUUAGGAGUUGUUGAACCACCUAGUCAACCUGAAGAUUUAAAAGUGAAGUCUGUAUGGAGUAGAAGUGUUCGUCUCACUUGGCUCCAACCUUAUAAUGGAAAUACCGUCAUUCAGAAAUACAUAUGUUUGUAUAAAAAAAAAGAUAAAAGUAAUCCAACCGAACUGAAAAUUGAUGGAUCUCAAACAUCUACUAUAAUUCUUCGAUUGAAACCUUACACCAAAUAUCAAUUUCAAGUUGUUGCCGUUAAUGAAGUUGGAAGUAGCAUUCCUUCUAAGUUAGUAGAAACUGUCACUUCCGAAGAAGAGCCAGCCUCGCCUGCUUUCGAUCUUCAAGUUAGCGAAAAAUCAGCUGCUUCAGCUAUUUUAACCUGGAAGCCUCCCCCAAGGCAGCAAUGGAAUGGACAGUUAUUAGGACAUUAUAUUGGAUAUAAAAAGACGAGUCAGGGUUCGCAAAUAUCAUAUUCAUAUAAAAAUGUCAAAAUGGAUCAUAAACAUGAAAUACAAAGAACCAUGUUGAAUAAUCUUCAGAAAACGUCAACUUAUACUGUAAUUGUGGUUGCUUAUAAUAGAGCCGGAUUGGGACCACCUUCGGAGCCAAUACUCCUAACAACAUCUUACAUUGAAUCUCCUCCAACACCUCGAGUAUCUAUUCUGACAACUGAUCCAAAUUCAGUAACUAUGAGAAUUUUGUGGUCUUCGAAAAGAAAUACACCUCUUACUGGUUAUGUUGCCCACGUAAAACCUACUAAUGGGCAGUGGCAAAUAGUUCGACUGCUAUUGUCUCCAAAUAAUAAUUAUACUAUCGGAGGAUUGGUUAGUGGCGUUCAGUAUCAAAUGUAUUUAACAGCUAAGAAUGAGUAUGGAGACAGUGGACCCACCGAAGUACUCAGCUUUCUUACUGCAAAUAAAAAAAAUGAUGACGAACCACUAUAUCAACAACUUUCCUUUACACUACCUGUCGUCGUUUCAUUAGUAAUAAUUAUAAUUCUUCCUUUGGUAUCUUGCUGCUGCAUGCACAAAUUAGACAGGCCAUUUUUAGAACCAGAAGGUGUCGAGGUUCGUGGCUUCACAUACACAGCAGCCACUCCAACCCAAAGACCCGAUUUAGUAACUACAGGAAUGGUUCGUUCCUUACCACGUGCUCCAGUUCCAGCUCCUACUCCUGCUCCUCCUCCUGUUCCCAUUCCGGCAUCCACUCCUGUACAGAAUCAAUCCACUUACUCCGCUCUUCAUACAUAUGGAAGUGAAGCGGAAUAUGAUGAUCCUAGAUACGAUAGUGUGGUGGAAGAAAUGAAGAAUUUCUUAGGUGCCAAUGCCAUGAACCUAAAGGAAAGCUAUGCAAAGACUACUGCUACACAUUUUGAUCUGAGAAAAAUUGAUGUUUUUCUACCAUAUAUUGCUAUGGAAAGAAUUUUAAAUCAAAGUUUCUUUGUAUGUUGUUUGUGUUUAUGGAUGUGUUUUCAUAUUUCUCCUAUUGCCAUGGAAGCUAAUAUUUUAUCUGCUGUAGUCCCACCAAAAAUCGUGCCACAAGUCAGUGAAAAUAAUUUAAGAGAAGGUCAGAGAUACACGGCAAUGUGUAGCAUUACUGAAGGUGAUCCACCGCUAACAUUUCAAUGGUCUAAGAAUGGAAAGACAUUGAAAGAAUCUUCUCAUUUGACAAUUCGUCGACAGGAUGAUUUUUCCACUUCUCUUAUCAUAGCUUCAGUAAAAGGCUCGGACAGUGGAAAUUAUACUUGUUUAGUUUCGAACAGGGCCGGAUCGGAUAGUCUUGUGACAAAGUUAUUUGUUUCAGUGCCACCUGCGUGGAUUCGUCAACCUUACGAUGUAUCAGUUAAAGCAGGAAACAAAUUAGUUCUUCAUUGUGAAGCCGCUGGCUAUCCACCACCAAGUGUUAAAUGGAGAAAAACGAAAGGAUUCAGUAUUGCUCAAUCAUCUCCUGUAACAGAAAGCCAUUGGAAGAUUAUUGAUAGCGGCACAAUUACUUCUGUUACUGCAAAGAAAGAAGAUGAAGGAUUUUAUACUUGUGAAGUAGGAAAUGGUGUCGGAGAAAAUCUAUCUAAGACUGUUAGAGUUGAAGUUCAAGUCCCACCGAUAGUAAAUGUGGAAUCUGUUCAGAAAACGGUAAGAAAUGGUGAAGAUUCUAUAUUAGUUUGUAACAUAACUGGAGACAAACCGCUAAAUAUUUAUUGGACUAAAGAUGGAAACAAGCCAGAAGACAAUCAAAGGAUACAAAUAGUGCACACGAAUUUUGAAAAAAGCUACAAAUCAGUCUUAAAUAUUGAAUCUACUAAUAGAGGAGACAGUGGAUUGUAUGUUUGUAGUGCCAAUAACACAUUUGGACAUAGUCAAAUGGCAAUUAGACUAGGAAUUGUUGAGCCACCCAGUCAGCCUGAAGAGUUAAAAGUGAAAACAAUAUGGAGUAGAAGUGUUCGGCUCAGUUGGUUGCAGCCUUAUAAUGGAAAUACCGCAAUUAAAAAGUACAUCUGUACUUAUAAGAAAGAAGAUAAGAAUAAUCCUUUGGAAUUAAAAGUUGAUGGAUCUCAAAUGUCAGUGAUUGUUCUUCGUUUGAAGCCAUAUACAAAAUAUCAAUUUCAAGUUGUUGCCGUCAAUGAAGUAGGAAGUAGCAAACCGUCGAAAACUGUUGAAGCUAUUACCACUGAAGAAGAACCUGCAUCUCCUGCUUUUGAUCUUCAAGUAAGUGAUAAAUCGACAGCUUCAGCUGUUUUAAGUUGGAAGUCUCCUCCAAAACAUCAGUGGAAUGGACCAUUACUGGGAUUUUACAUUGGAUAUAAAAAAACCAGUCAAGGUUCACAAAUAUCUUACUCAUAUAAAAAUGUAAAAAUUGAUUCAAAAACGGAAAUUCAAAAAACUGUGUUGGAUAAUCUGCAGAAGACUUCAACUUACACUGUAAAUGUAAUUGCUUAUAAUAGAGCAGGAUUAGCUCCACCUUCGGAACCAAUACUCUUAACAACAUCGUAUAUUGAAUCUCCUCCAACACCUCGAAUAUCCAUUUUGACAACUGAUCCAAAUUCGGUGACUAUGAGAAUUUUAUGGUCUUCGAAGAGAAACACACCGCUUACUGGUUAUGUUGCUCACAUAAAACCUACCAAUGGUCAGUGGCAAAUGGUUCGACUGCCAUUGGCUCCAAAUAAUAAUUAUACUAUCGGAGGAUUGGUCAGUGGAGUUCAAUAUCAGAUGUAUUUAACAGCGAAGAACGAAUAUGGAGACAGUGGACCCACUGAAGUACUCAGCUUUCUCACAGCAAAUAAAAAAGGCGUCGAGGCACGCGGCUUUACUUAUACAGCAGCCACUCCAACUCAAAGACCCGAUUUAGUAACGACGGGAAUGGUUCGUUCCUUACCACGUGCUCCAGUUCCAGCUCCUACUCCUGCUCCUCCUCCUGUUCCCAUUCCGGCAUCCACUCCUGUACAGAAUCAAUCUACUUACUCCGCUCUUCAUACAUAUGGAAGUGAAGCGGAAUAUGAUGAUCCUAGAUACGAUAGUGUGGUGGAAGAAAUGAAGAAUUUCUUAGAAGAUAAGAAUAAUCCUUUGGAAUUAAAAGUUGAUGGAUCUCAAAUGUCAGUGAUUGUUCUUCGUUUGAAGCCAUAUACAAAAUAUCAAUUUCAAGUUGUUGCCGUCAAUGAAGUAGGAAGUAGCAAACCGUCGAAAACUGUUGAAGCUAUUACCACUGAAGAAGAACCUGCAUCUCCUGCUUUUGAUCUUCAAGUAAGUGAUAAAUCGACAGCUUCAGCUGUUUUAAGUUGGAAGUCUCCUCCAAAACAUCAGUGGAAUGGACCAUUACUGGGAUUUUACAUUGGAUAUAAAAAAACCAGUCAAGGUUCACAAAUAUCUUACUCAUAUAAAAAUGUAAAAAUUGAUUCAAAAACGGAAAUUCAAAAAACUGUGUUGGAUAAUCUGCAGAAGACUUCAACUUACACUGUAAAUGUAAUUGCUUAUAAUAGAGCAGGAUUAGCUCCACCUUCGGAACCAAUACUCUUAACAACAUCGUAUAUUGAAUCUCCUCCAACACCUCGAAUAUCCAUUUUGACAACUGAUCCAAAUUCGGUGACUAUGAGAAUUUUAUGGUCUUCGAAGAGAAACACACCGCUUACUGGUUAUGUUGCUCACAUAAAACCUACCAAUGGUCAGUGGCAAAUGGUUCGACUGCCAUUGGCUCCAAAUAAUAAUUAUACUAUCGGAGGAUUGGUCAGUGGAGUUCAAUAUCAGAUGUAUUUAACAGCGAAGAACGAAUAUGGAGACAGUGGACCCACUGAAGUACUCAGCUUUCUCACAGCAAAUAAAAUAACGACGGGAAUGGUUCGUUCCUUACCACGUGCUCCAGUUCCAGCUCCUACUCCUGCUCCUCCUCCUGUUCCCAUUCCGGCAUCCACUCCUGUACAGAAUCAAUCUACUUACUCCGCUCUUCAUACAUAUGGAAGUGAAGCGGAAUAUGAUGAUCCUAGAUACGAUAGUGUGGUGGAAGAAAUGAAGAAUUUCUUAGUUCCACCAAAGAUAGUUCCACAAAUUAGCGAAAGUAACUUAAAGGAAAGUCAAAGAUACAUAGCAAUGUGUGGCGUUAAUGAAGGCGAUCCACCAUUUACUUUUCAAUGGUCGAAGAAUGGGAAGCCAUUGACAGAAUCUUCUCAUUUGAUAGUUCAACGUCAGGACUUUUCUUCUUCGCUUAUCAUAGCAUCGGUUAAAAGUGCAGAUAGCGGAAAUUAUACUUGCUUAGUAACAAACAGAGCUGGAUCCGAUAGUCUAACGACGAAAUUAUUAGUUUCGGUACCUCCUUCAUGGAUUCGUCAGCCUUACGACGUGUCUGUCAAGGCAGGAAACAAAUUAGUUCUUCAAUGUGAAUCUGAUGGCUAUCCAGUACCAACUGUUAAAUGGCGAAGAACGAAAGGUUUCAGUAUUGCUCAAUCAUUUCCUGUAACAGAAAACCAUUGGAAAAUUAUUGAAAGUGGUACAAUGUCUACUGUUGCUGCAAAAAAAGAUGAUGAAGGAUUUUAUACCUGUGAAGUGAGUAAUGGCAUUGGAGAAAACUUAUCCAAAACAGUCAGAGUUGAAAUUCAAGUUCCACCUACAGUUAACAUAGAGUCAGUUCAGAAAAUGGUAAAAAAUGGCGAAGAUUCUCUAUUAGUUUGUAACAUAACUGGAGACAAACCGUUAAAUAUUUAUUGGACUAAAGACGGAAACAAGCCAGAAGAUAAUCAAAGGAUACAAAUAGUGCAUACGAAUUUUGAAAGAAGCUACAAAUCAGUCUUAAAUAUUGAAUCUACGAAUAGAGAAGACAGUGGAUUGUAUGUUUGUAGUGCCAAUAACACAUUUGGACAUAGCCAGAUGGCAAUUAGACUAGGAAUCAUUGAACCACCCAGCCAGCCUGAAGAAUUAAAAGUAAAAACAAUAUGGAGUAGAAGUGUUCGGCUGAGUUGGUUGCAGCCUUAUAAUGGAAAUACUGUAAUUCAAAAAUACAUUUGUAUUUAUAAAAAAGAAGAUAAAAACACGCCGCUGGAACUAAAAGUUGAUGGAUCUCAAAUGUCGGUCAUUAUAAUUCGUUUGAAACCUUACACAAGAUAUGAUUUUCAAGUUAUUGCAGUAAACGAAGUUGGAAGUAGCAAACCCUCGAAAACGGUUAUUGCCAUUACUACUGAAGAAGAGCCUGCAACUCCUGCUUUUGAUCUUCAAGUAAGUGAGAAAUCAACAGCUUCAGCUGUUUUAACUUGGAAGCCUCCACCAAAGCAUCAGUGGAACGGUGCAUUAUUGGGAUUUUACAUUGGAUAUAAGAAAACCAGUCAAGGAUCACAAAUAUCUUAUUCAUAUAAAAACGUAAAAAUUAAUCACAAAGCAGAAAUUCAAAAAACUGUAUUGAACGAUCUGCAGAAGACAUCGACUUACACUGUUAUUGUUAUCGCUUACAACAGGGCUGGAUUAGGUCCACCUUCGGAACCGAUACUGUUAACAACAUCCUAUGUUGAAUCUCCUCCAACACCUCGGAUAUCAAUUUUGACAACUGACUCUAACUCAGUGACAAUGAGAAUCUUAUGGUCCUCAAAAAGAAACACGCCUCUAACUGGUUACGUUGCCCAUAUAAAACCAACAAAUGGACAAUGGCAAAUGGUUCGUCUUCCACUAUCCCCAAACCAUAAUUAUACAAUAGGAGGAUUGGUCGGAGGUGUACAGUACCAAAUGUAUCUAACAGCAAAGAAUGAAUAUGGAGAUAGUGGACCCACCGAAGUACUCAGUUUUCUCACAGCAAAUAAAAAAAACGAUGAUGAACCUCUUUAUCAGCAACUUUCAUUUACACUACCUGUCGUCAUCUCAUUGGUAAUAAUUAUAAUUCUUCCUUUGGUAUCUUGCUGCUGCAUGCACAAAUUAGACAGGCCGUUUUUAGAACCAGAAGGCGUCGAGGCACGCGGCUUUACUUAUACAGCAGCCACUCCAACUCAAAGACCCGAUUUAGUAACGACGGGAAUGGUUCGUUCCUUACCACGUGCUCCAGUUCCAGCUCCUACUCCUGCUCCUCCUCCUAUUCCCAUUCCGGCAUCCACUCCUGUACAGAAUCAAUCUACUUACUCCGCUCUUCAUACAUAUGGAAGUGAAGCGGAAUAUGAUGAUCCUAGAUACGAUAGUGUGGUGGAAGAAAUGAAGAAUUUCUUAGGUGCCAAUGCCAUGAAUCGCAAAACUACUUUGUAGAAAAUUCAAAUCAUACAACUUUUAUGUGCAUUCAACAAUUGUUGGGGAACAGAAUUUUUAAAUUAGAGUUUGUUCGAAAGAAAGUACAGCAUGAACUGUUAGAUGUUUCUGUAGAAUAAAUAGGAAAAUUUUUGUGGUUUGUUACAAUUUUUCAUCUU